AUGGCCGUCCUGUGCUGUGAUACCACUCUGUUGAUCAAUCCAACCACCAUCGUCCCGACUAUCAGUCCGCGCCAGGCCGGAUUCAGUAACCAACUUUCUCCGUUCGCCAGCGACGAUCUCUGCGAACUCUCCGAUGAGGACGAGGACGUCUACAUGGACGACGAAUCGUCCGACGACGAAUCGUCCGACGACGAAUCGUCCGACGACGAGGAGGUGAGGCGCGUACCGAUUCCCGAUACGAUCUCGACUGGCGGCGCGCAACGCGAUCCCGCCCAGCGUCUUCCGUCUUUGCCGCCCAGGCAGAGCAUGAUCACUCUCGAAGACUACGAAGACGUCAGGGUCAAGUCUCGACCCAAUUAUCGAGAGGAAGAUUCCGGCGACGAGCUGGCUUCGGUUCAGGGAGAGUCGGACGAUGAAUCGGCCUCGGAACAGGAUGACGCGAACAUCGACGAAGACGAGGAGGACGAAUACGAACAGCCCGGAUCGUCUCGACCUCCUUUCAAAAGGCGUGUGGCUACCGACCACGUCAGAAAGGUCAAGGAUAACAAGAAGGCCAAGGGCAGAAAGUCCCAGGCCAAGAAGACCCAGGCCAAGAAGCCCAAGGUCGAGAAGGACGAGGGCGACGCAAAGGAAGAGGGAGAAGAAAAGGAAGAGGGAGAAGAAAAGGAAGAGGGAGAAGAAAAAGAAAUCAAAAAUUCCCUGCCCAUCGAUCUUACCCUUCAUCUCCCUCCCAAACAAGAAGACUUUACCCACGCUCUUCGAAAAGACGGGCAAAUGACCGACUACCAAUGCUCCGUCAUCGUCUACGGAUUCAUCAGCAAUAUUUCCCCUCAAAAGCACUUCAAAGCGCUCAUCAACCUCGAACUGGCGACUCAUAUCCGGGAAGCCCUCGAAAGGAAUCCAUACGAUCCCUACUAUCCUCCGACUUUCAGGAAGUGGAGUUACGAGCAAUUCAAGCUCGCAGAUGAUCCCAAGGGCGAUCAGAUGGACGGGAUGAACGGAAAAUACUUGCUCCACGCGCACAGGAGGGUGGCGAUCGUCGAACAGUUCUACGAAUUGUUAACCGCCGCUCAUACUGCGACCAGGCAUGGAGGAAGGGACAAGUGCAUGGCGAUGAUCCGAGACAAAUUUUCGUACUCGUACCUCCCCAAAGAUCUCGUUCAGAGGUAUGCACUUGCUUGCCCCAAGUGCUACCCCGAGAGGUCGGCCGCGGCUUUUAGCUACUUGAACCAAAAGAUGGCGAUGGAUAAGAGCAUCCCAAUCCCUGCGCAAAAUAGGAUCGACUACGCCGCAUCAGCUCAAUGGCAAGCUCAACAAUCCAAUAACACUCGAUCGAUCAAACCCAGGCCUACCCCCUUGCCACUUCCCGCUCGUGUCCCUUUCGGACGUCGAGGUUCGGACGAAUCUCUUGUCUCGAUCCCGCCUACGCCCAUGGCUGUAGACGAUUCGACCGGCGGAUUGUCGAGCGUCUCGCCAGUCUCAGCCUGCCUGGACAUCCCCGCCGGGAACGGUUCUGCCCUCAUGACACCCUUGGACUCUCCCGCAUUGCUCAACAAUUCGAUUCAGCCUACCGCCACUCGCCCUUCGAUCGAGAGCAUGCUCGAUCCUUCCGAUUCCGACGAAAGCGCUACCGAACUCGAUCACCAAAAUCUCAACGCAAACUCUGCGGCGUCAAAAUCGGCCGCUUACAAGACUACACCCCGCUGGGCUCGCGCCUCGGCCACUCGACCCUCCGGGUCUGGCAAAGCGCACUACAACGCCCUUCAAGUCAUGCUUGACGCCGUUACUGGCGAAGGCACUCGUCCCGGACAAUAAAUGACAUCAAAUCUUUGCAUGCGGAGC